GCAUGGUUAUUUUUAUAUAAAUAAUGCAAACAUUUUAUAAUAAAAUUUUAAGCCUCUAAAAUAGCACAUUUUGUCUGAUGGCUGAACCAUACAGCCUGGUGAAAGUUGGCCAGUGUAACUCUAGAUUACCCCUGUAAACAGUUAAACUACUGAGAACCGUAUCAAUUGUAAGGCAAUUAACUAUCCUACCUAAUGACAAGUUCUCCCUACCAAUUUGAUAAGGGUCAUUUGAGAAAACAUCAAAGAUGUUGUUAUUUUCGGGGAAAAGAGUAUGAUAUUGAGCCCAUUCAUGAUUCAACUGUUAACUAGUAAAUGCAAGUGUGAAAAUGUAUGUGGAUAAUUAUUUGGAAUUAACAUAAACUCAGGAUCUUUUUAAGAAUUUUAGGUUUUAUUAAAUGCUAAUUAUGGAAACUCCAACUAAAGAAAGUGUUAUGGUAAAAUUGACCCCUACAUCAAAAAAGUUCAAAUGUAUUUUAUGUGGAGAAAUGAAAGAAAAUAGAAAAGAAAGACAGCGCUUGUUUCAUGGUGAAGAAAAAACAGACUUAUGGUACAUAAUUGAGCGACUUCUGGGUAUUAAUAUUUCGGAAGAUGACCACAGCGAAAUUUGUUGUAGAAAUUGUGCUAAAAAGCUCUACAACACCGAUAAAUCGCUACGUAUGACUAAAGAAACUUAUGAUAAAUCCAGAAACGAAUUAAUACAGAGCCAUGGAGUUAAAAAAUUCAAGCGGUUAUCUAUGGACAGUAGUCAUAACACUAAACGCAAAGCACUUUUUUCUACAGAGGGGAGCAGCGAAGUAGAAACAGCAUCAACCAACACUGAGGAUGAUGAUGCUUAUGGACAAUGUCUGGGUGCUUCUGCUAGAACAGAGUUUUCAGAUCUAAUAGAGGCACUACAAGAUGGGGAUUUAGACAGAAGCUUGGAAUAUUUACAGAAAAAUGAGACAUUAUGUAAUGGGAUGAGUGACAUGUUAUUUGAAAACUUGAAACUGGAAAUACAAGGAUUAUGUUCAAAAGAAGGAAAUAGCGUUCUAAGGGACAGUGACAAAACCAGUCUUUUAGACUUUUCAUUUUCAAAAAUUGCGGAUGAGUGGAAGGAAAGGGCUCCAACCUUUUACAAAUUUUUGAAAUAUUCUUCCACAAAUAUUCGAUCUGAGAAAAGAAAUAAAGUAAAAAAAUCUGAGAAUCUACUGUAUGGUCAAAUUUCCGCUGGCAGUAAACUUUUGCAUUUGUAUAAUAUGAACAUGAAAGCCAUGCAAGUUAUUAAUGAUAUAGUGCUUCUUAAAGGUGGGAUAAAAAAGUCAGGUUUUUGCCAGAUUACAAGCCAUGAGUGAUUGUCACAGUUACAGGACAGCGCUUGAAAUGACUGAUAGUCUUGCUAACAAAUGGGAUGAGGAGUUACUUACAUGGCAAAACAGCAGUUAUACUGACAGUGAAACUGAAAUUCAAAUUAUGCACCAGCUUCAGUAUCUGAAGGACACGAUUGACCUUUGUGGGGCUGGAGGUGCUGAUACAACAGACCUGCAGUUUGAACUCAUUUCUCUGGAAACUGAGCUACAAAAUCACAGACAGAAUAUGCACCCAGGGUACUAUUUUGUAGGGGACAAUAUUGACAUAGUAACAAAAGUAAGACAAAUGACAGUUACUAACAAAAACAAAGAUCAGCAUAUGUAUCAGCUGUGUGCAUAUUUAAACAGAAUUAGUGGAAAUGAAUUUGAUAAUUCAAAACAGUUACAAGACCCUGCAGCAGUUUUGUUUUCACAACUGCUACCAAGUCAAACAGAAAAGGACAAAAUGUUUGAUAAUUUUGCAUUCCUUGUAGCAAAAAAAUGGUGCCAGUAUAUACCAUUCUUUGGACCAUUCACGAGCACAAUACCUGAAUUUAUUGAU